GUCGAACAAGAAGGAAGAAAAAUUUUUAGCACAGCAAUUGACAGAAUCGAUCUCUAUUCUGUGAUUAUCAGGCACACAUUCUACCCUACAUGGAGUAUUAUGGCUUGACAUUGAGAUCGACCCACUAUAAUCUAAGAAGAUAUGAAGCGUGCUUAAUACAAAAAGUUCCCUAUUCUAUACACAGGUAGGUCAUCAUGGUCAUGUAGUGUGAUGCACUGUGAUCGAACUUGUCAUUUUAUUAAAUAGCUUGCUCACUUGCUGUCGCACAUUCAGUGCCAUUCAACACAGUGCCGUAGCAAUGGACUCAUAUUCAGAUCUUCGUGUUCACAGACCAUAAAAACAAUCGAUUUCAAAAGAAAUUAAUAACGCAGAACACGAAUAUAUGAAUAUGAGCUCCCCAAAGGCUUGCCACGGCACUGCAACAUAAGUCCCGCAAGUCAGAACUUUUCUUGCUGCAGUUGAUUGUCCACCAGCUGAAUUUCUGUCCUCGUCUUUUCAAGAAAAUCCUACGAAAUCCAAAUAUUUUUCAUAAAAUUAAUGCAUUUGGAGUAAUUAUAGAAUACCAGGAUAAAUUCAAAGCUUCAAUGUUGUUGUAAACUUGUAUUAAAGGCCACUACAAGUUAAUCUUUAGUUUCUGGUCCGGCCUUACCUUCGUUUACGACGCGGGUAGGUGGUUAGGAUUAUAGGACAUAAUUGCAAUUGUGGCUUUGCCCACAUUUUUGUUGUCUUUCUUGUCCCUUUUCAUGCUAAUUGUAUCAAAAUGUUAUGAAAUUCUAUAUAAAUUGCAUUUAUGUUAUUUAUAAAUCGACAUGUAUGUCAGAUUACAAAGGAUUUUAGAUAUCAAAAUGAUCUAUUAAUAUUUCUAGUCUUUUUACCUCGUAAUCUCGAUAAGGCAGCGUUUGUACCAUUCAAUACUACAUUUUUCUAGGUCUUUUUAGUGACUGUGUAAAUUGAAUAUUUAUCGUUCUAUAAGUUAAGUCCUUCGCGAGAAUUUUCAAGAACUAGAAAUUAAUUGUAAAUAACAAAAUAGUCCUGAAAUAAUACUUUAUGGAGAAAGGAUGCGGGCGGCGGACCAGAAACUAAAGAUUAACUUGUAGUGGCCUAAUGGUACAAACAGUAUAUAAACAUUCUUGUAGUAGAAACAUAAGUUUCAAAUUAUUUAGUGCCUGACCCAUAUAUCCUAUCCCUGACACAUAUCCAAACUGUGACCUAACCCUGACCCAUAUCCAAAUCCUUCCCUAAUCCUGAGCCAUAUCCAAAUCCUUCCCUAAUCCUGAGCCAUAUCCAAACCCUUCCCUAACCCUGACCCUGACCCAUAUCCAAACCCUGACUGUGGUAACCGACCUAUUCAAGUUAUUCAACAAAAUUUUAUUCCAUGUAUUCAAUCGCGAAAAAAUAUUCAACCACAUUGAUUCAAUCGCGAAAAAAUAUCGCUUUUAUUGGUAUUAUCAGGGUUUUUUUCCGGUAUCUGUUUUCAUUUCUUUUCAAAUACUGUACUGCAACAGUCUACAUGUAGUGACAUAUAUAGUGAUGUAAUACGCACCUUAUUGGAGCUCAUUUGUACUGAGAGCAAGCUUCAUGCCAGUAUAGAAUGUAGCAUUUCAAUGCACUGCACAGUAUAACCUGCUGGGGCUCAUGAUCUAUGAAUGUUCAUUCCUAAGGGGAAAGGUGGACUGUGAGUGAAAUUGGUAUUCAUUACCAUCCUAUAAUCUUGUAAUUUAUACUAAGGCAAGAAUUUGCCAUUUGUUUAGUUGUUUUAUAUGUCGUAGUAGAUGGUAUAACUAUCUAGUAAGCAAAUUUAUUGUUUCCUAUCUGAAAACAAAAACAAUCUGUUUGCAGGGAUUGAGCCAUAGCAUGCACUAGUAGCCACCUGGUAGCACAAGAGUUUGUGAGAUACAAAAAAAACAAAAUAAUAGCAGAAAAUUACAAGCAGAACUUUGACGUUUCUCAAAAUGUCAAAUUUUGACUUGUCUUGUUAUCGUUGCUACUUACACUGGCACAUUCAAGUAUACGUAGUACUUAGUACUUUGUAUUUAACUUUCAAUUGUUUAUUGAUUCCUAGAUACUUGUGAAGAGGAACAUUUUUGGAACAUUGAUUGGUUAUCCAUAUUCAUCACCAAGGUGUUUGUUAACUUAAAGGAUAGCUUGAACAAAACGUAAGAUUUUGUUGCUUAUAUUUAUUGGGUAGUUCCCAAACUCUGCAUGUUUGUCACUGGAAGCCCAAAUUUGAGAUAUCAGUCAUGGCUAAGCUGCAAUAUGCCGUUACUGCGGGGCACAACACAUUAUGUAACAUCUGUCCAUGCAUGUCUAUGAAAGUCAAAAACAUUAUUUAGAUAUUCAAUUGAAUUGAGAAUUUGUUAUCAAACAUAAAAAAAAAUGUGUGUGAAAAUUUCUGCAAAACUGUAGAUCCCAAAUACUUUCUGGGAACUCCCAGGUUCUGAUAUUUUUUUCCAUCUCUGGGAAGUCCUGAUAUUCCCAAUCCUGAUAAAAUCCAAGAUGGCGGCUCAACAGGGCAAAAAUCAUAGAACAGCAUAGGGAAAAACCAUGUUUUUUGCAUUUUGCGUCGUCCUACAGCUUCCGAUCCCGUUCUAUCACUUUAUUUCGGCAAGAACUAACUGGUGUGAAGGUUUUGGAUGAAUAUUUGUUACAAUCAAUACAAUUUACAAAUUACAAUUCAAGCGGGCAAGAUUGGGCAGGCCUGCAGUUUUGCGCACUUUUCGUCUUCGGUUUUUUCCUGUGUAUUCCUUCAGUCUUUUACGAGUUUUUUUCUCAAGCGAACGUGAUAUAUAUCUAACUAUUCGACCUAUUCCAAAAGCUAGUGCUGUUUGUUUUGUUAUUUUAUUCUUAUUUCGACCAAAAACAGUAUUUUCAUCUGAAAAUUCUAAGGCAUUUUGCCAUUCUAUUCUAAAAAAAGUGUUUUUUUUUUAUCGAAAAGAAUGCCCGAUACGUGUUCAGCGUAUAACUGCAAGGCCAGACGUGGGGAUUUAAAAGAUGGUAUUCGCUUGUCCUUCCAUAAGUAAGUCUAUAAAACACACAUAUCGUAUAUUUGUACACUAUAACGUACUUCAUAUAAACAUAAUAGUUUAUUAAGACUAUUAAAAUAAGACUGCUUUUAAUAGCAUAAAAACAAUUUAUUUUGUAAAUACUGUAAUGACAACAAAUGUAGUUUUGAGUUUGUUAGCUACAAUAUAAAACUGUUUACAGUUUUAAUAAAAGAAUAUUAGACCAAAAAAAACUUUUGUUUUGAUGUCUGUGUUAGUAGUCUAUAUAUGUGCAUGUUGACAACAACUUUCAUUAAAGGUCUUGUCCUGUUCAAGGUCAAAAACGUUUGAGUUUUGUUCACAUCAGUGAACCAAAAAUACAUUUUUCCCUUCACACUAUUUAGAUUUCCUAUAACCAAUCCCAGCCUGCUAAAAAGUUGGAUAACAGCCAUAAAAUGGGCAGACUGGAUGCCGACAAAAUAUUCAGUCCUGUGUGAGAAACACUUUACAAUUGACGACUAUAUCAAUAAGGGGGAGCAAGUAAUACAAAAACAAUCCAAAAAAUAUCUGAAACGAAAUGCCGUCCCAUCCAUUUUUGAUUAUCCUCCGCACCUCGUUAAGACAACUACAUCCAGACCCCUUCCUAAAAAGAGAGAAGCAUCGCCACCACCACCACCAGAAGACCAAAUACCUGCCAAAAAGAAAAGAAAGAGUUCUGUAAAUAGUGAUCAUGGUAGUUACAUUAAGUCACCUACAACAGUUAUGAAAAAGUUAAAGAAAACCCUGAAAAAAAAGAAUAAUAAAAUAAAAUCACUCAGUGCAAAAAAUCUACGCAAAGAAAAAACAAUUAAGGGUCUUGUAAAAAAAUUAGAAGAAAUUAAGGCUCUGUCAGAAGAACAAAGCCAGCAUCUCAUGUCAAAUUUUGGUCAUAUGACUAAAGAUAUAUUCACAAAUGAGCAGAAAAAUGAAGGUAACUCAACUGGGUCUAGAUACAGUGAACAAAUAAAACAAUUCGCUAUAUCUUUGCACUUUUACAGUGCAAAGGCAUACAAGUUUGUUCGCAAAUCCCUCCACUUACCACAUCCAUCUACCAUACGGUCAUGGGCUUCAUCAAUUGAAUGUGAACCUGGGUUUUUGAGUAACGUUAUCGAACAUCUUCAGAACACUCUGGAGGAUGAUAACAAAGAUUGCAUCAUAUUGGUUGACGAAAUGUCAAUAAAAAAAGAAGUUCUGUGGGAUGCUAAAAAGCAGAAAUUUGCUGGCAAUACCGACUAUAGGCCAAUCUUAGCAGAAGACCAGGAUACAAUUGCUCAUAAUGCACUGGUUGUUAUGGCAGUAGGCCUACAAAAACCAUGGAGUUAUCCUAUUGCUUACUUUUUAGUUAACCACAUGGACUCUAAAAUGCAAGCACAGAUCAUAAAAGAGUCUAUUAACCUACUCACCGAUGCAGGGCUUGAUGUGCAUGCUGUGACUUUUGAUGGCUGCUCAAAGAAUUUAGCCACAGCUAGACGUCUUGGAUGUAAGAUAGACAGCUUUGAUGGAUCCUUCCAACAUCCUACCCGACCAGGCAAAACUCUGUAUGUCAUUUUGGACAUAUGCCAUAUGUUAAAACUUGCUCGCAAUGCAUUAGGAGACAAGGAGAUCUUUUACACCUCGGGUGGAGAAACAAUCAGCUGGUAUUAUAUUAAGGAGCUAUUCAAUGUCCAACAAUCUGAUAUCUUGCACCUUGGAAACAAGUUGAAAAAUGUGCACAUUAAAUGGCACAAUCAAAAGAUGAAGGUGGCAGUUGCAGCCCAAACAUUAAGCAGUUCUGUAGCAGCUGGCAUGAUUUAUCUCCGCAACCUAAACGUAAAACAGUUUGAAAAGUGUGAGCAAACUGCUGAAUUUAUUCAAAACAUUAAUGAUAUCUUUGACAUUCUUAACACAAAGAGUAAGUUUGGCAAGAGAUUUAAGAGUCCUUUAACGCUAGAGAAUUAUGCUGAGUUAAGAGCCCAUCGACUUGACAUCAUUUCGUACUUGAAAAAACUGAAGGAUGUUGAUGGAACAAAACUUGUUGAUGGACCACGAAAGACUUUCAUCCUUGGGUUUGCUGUAUCUGCAAACUCAAUUCUAGCAAUAGCAAAAAAUCUGCUGAGUAGAGAACACAAUAACUUUAAGUAUGUACUUACCUAUCGCUUUUCUCAAGACCAAAUCGAAAUGUUUUUCAGCAAAAUCAGAGGUCGUUUUGGCUGGAAUAACAAUCCGAAUGCACUUCAGUUCAAGUGGGCCCUCCGUGCACUACUUCAAAAGAACCAAAUCGCAGCUUCUGAAAAAGCGAACUGUGCUGUCAUUGAAGAAGAGAAAAUGGAUGAAGAGAUGCACCAUGUUGACCAUAACAUCAUCAUGUCUUUGACCUGUUCAACAAUAUGGAGAGAUGAUGUCCUGGCUUAUAUUGCUGGGUACAUUGUAAAAAAGAUUACAGUCUGUAUUAAGUGUCCAGAAUGUGCAAUUGCUUUGGUAGCAAUUGACAAAAGCCAGGCUGAGGUACUGGUACCUGAUGAUCACAGCUAUAGUUCAAAUUCCAAGCCAGAAUCACAAAGCUUAAUCACCAUCAAAAGCUAUGGAAAGUUGAUAACACCAUCGCCAUCAGUCGUCAAAGUGGUUAAGGCUACUGACAGGAAUCUGCGUCAACUAGUUGGUGAUUGGACUUCUGUGACGAAAACGGCAAUAUCCAGCCUGAAGUCUAACGUGCUGCAAGACGUGAAAGCAAGUUGUUUCCAAAACUUACAGCAGCACUCACGUGAAAGCCAUCUCCUCGACGAACAAUUUCGUGACAACCAUAUCACCAUCAUCAUCAAGAAGAUAGUUGAUUUGUACAUCAACAUAUUUGUGCAUCGUUUCGGGAAGGUUUACUCUGAUCGAGUUGUCCGUGAAGGAAAUUCAUCCCGGAGGCCAAAGCUGAAUAAACUUAUUCUUUUUGGCAAUGAUUGA